AUGUCAAUUAAUUCAAGAAGAAUAAAAUUUGUAUCAAUAUCAUUACCUAUAUUAUAUGGAAAUCAUGCUAUUAAAUUAACUCCUGAAAAAAGAAAAUCAUCAACAACUAGAACAACACCAAUACCACCAGAACAUACUCAUGAAUGGACAGUUUUUUUUAAACCAUUAUUAGAAGAUAUUGAUUUAACUUCAAUAAUUAAAAAAAUCACUUUUAAAUUACAUGAAACUUAUGAUAAUCCAAUUAGAACAUUAGAAUCACCACCUUAUCAAAUUACAGAAACUGGUUGGGGGGAAUUUGAAAUUAUUAUAAAAAUUCAUUUUAAAUCAAAUAUUGAAUUAGGUAUAAAUGAAAAAAAUUUUCAAAUAUUUCAUUCAUUAAAAUUACAUCCCUAUAAUCCUCAGCAAAUGUUACAACAACAACAAAUGUUACAAAUACAACAACAACAACAAGAAGAAGAAGAAGUAAAUAAUGUGGGAGGGAAUAAUGGUAAUAGUACUGGUAAUAGUACUGGUAAUGGAGUAGGAGAAGAAAAAGAAAAAGAUAUGGUAGUACAUCUGGUAUUAUAUGAUGAAUUAGUAUUUAAUGAACCAACAGAGAAAACAUUUGAAUUAUUAACUUUAAAACCAAUUAAUUUAAUUCCUUAUAAAUUACUGAAUUUUAAUAAAAGAGAUCAAGAAUUUAUUCGACCUGAUGAAAUUAAUGAAUUAAAUAGAUUAGAGAUAUAUAUUAAUAAAAUUAAUCAAGAAAUUGAAUAUCAAAAAAAUCAAUAUAAAUUACUUGAACAAGAAAAAUUGGCCCUACUAGAAUGA